AUGAGUGCCAAAGUAAACAUGGAGGUAACAGCCAAAGAACCGGAUCGAGCUCCCUUGGAUCCUUCCUCCUUGUCCACCAGUGACGCUGUCCUUAUGCCUUGCAGUAGCGAAGGCAUGGCCAAGAAGACACGACCCCAACCCCAGACGACCACGGCUCUCCUCUUGCCAGCUCCAGCCCCAGGCCAUCAGAAGUUGGAGGUGACCCCUGGUGCUGUGGUGGUCGACCCUGGUAAAAGGGGCGGGACUAACGAAUUGACCACACCCACUUUAACUGCACAAGUAGGCGGGGCUUGUAGCAUCGUCCACGUCCUGGAGUGGAAGGAAGGGAUGGCCAUCCUACCCAGCAGCAACCUCAAAUUCUGUGUGAGUGACGUAGGAACUCUGAGUACACUGAUAACCCCAGGGACCACCAGCAGCACCGUCGAGCCAACUGCAGGGACUUCUGGGAAAUCCACUGAGACAGGAAGCACACCACCAGCCAAGACAGACACAAUUGGCCGUGUCUGCGGCUCGGCUGCAGAGCCAGAGAGAACGGUCCAGGCCAAAAGCGAGGUCCAGAUCGGUCCGGGUCAACAGAACCAUGAACCCAGAGCCCAGGGGACGUACACUGACGAACUACGUAGAGAGCCUAUCAAUGAGAAGAGGAUCUUGGGGGUGGAGAAGGUACCGGCGGGAGGCAGGGUUUCCUCCCUCCACUCAGAUCACCUAAAACCCAUGAGGAAGAGGAAGAGGAAGGAGUACCUUAGUCCCUCUGAGGAAGACUCGGACGUUGAGGGCACGGACGAGAAAAUGGACGACUCUAAAGCAGACAGCAGGCAUAACAGAGGAGGUGGUGACAGUAAGACAGAGCAGUGGACGUGGGCCCAGUACCUGGAAGAGACGAAAUCUGUGGCUGCACCAAAUAAACUCUUCCAAGAAACCCAGAGAGUGCCAGUGGUGAAAAACAGUUUCAAACAGGGGAUGAAGCUGGAGGGCAUUGACCCCCAGCACCCAUCCAUGUACUUUGUCCUGACUGUGGCUGAGGUCUGUGGUUACCGGCUGCGGCUCCAUUUUGACGGCUACUCUGACUGCCAUGACUUCUGGGUGAACGCCAACUCCCCCGACAUCCACCCUGCAGGCUGGUGUGAGAGCACCGGACACAAACUCUAUACUCCCAAAGGCUGCAAAGAGGAAGAGUUUACCUGGACCAACUACCUGAGAAUGACGAAAGCACAAGUGGCUCCCAAAGAGCUGUUUGCCAGUCCUGGGCGAACGGGCCUGCAGUGUGGUUUUGAGGUUGGGAUGAAGCUAGAGGCCGUUGACCGCAUGAACCCCUCCCUCAUCUGUGUAGCGACCGUUACUGACGUGGUGGACAACCGCUUCCUGGUUCACUUUGACAACUGGGAUGACACCUAUGACUACUGGUGUGAUGCAAGCAGUCCGUAUAUUCAUCCUAUUGGUUGGUGCCAGGAGAGGAACCUCCCCCUUACACCCCCGCAAGAUUAUCCGGACCUGGCCCGGUUCUCAUGGUCUCGCUACCUGGAGGAGACCGGAUCCACUGCUGUAUCUGCUGACGCCUUCAAAGUGCGUCCGGCACACAACUUUCAGCCUGGGAUGAAGCUGGAGGCGGUGGAUAAGAGGAGCCCUGGUCUGAUCAGAGUGGCAACGGUAGAGGAAGUGGAGACUCACCGCAUAAAGGUCCAUUAUGAUGACUGGAGCCAUGUCUAUGAUGAGUGGAUGGACUCCGACCACCCUGACAUCCACCCUGUGGGCUGGUGUGAAACCACCGGACACCCCCUCAAAGUGCCCCCACAGGACCCCAAAACACAGCUACCACAUGGUCCUAGGGAGCCUCCUGCCACCGUCCAGCCCAGCUACCCGUCCUCCAUUCCCUGUAAACCAAUCAGCCACCCCAGAACCAACAAGUACAGCUUCCACCACAGGAAGUGUCCAACCCCAGGAUGUGAUGGUUCUGGUCAUGUAACUGGCCGUUUCACUGCCCAUCACUGUCUUUCUGGCUGCCCAUUGGCUGAACGUAACCAGGGCAGGCUGAAGGCUGAACUAUCAGACACAGAAUCCAAGAGGAACCUCUUCUUUGGCCAGAGGACCAAAAAGAACCACUACCGUGGCCGGAUUGGUCGUCCACCCAAAUACAGGAAGAACCAGCAGAGAGGCUAUCAGAAUAUGUCCUCUGAGGGUGUGUAUCCAUCAUUGUUCAUGUCUGCUCUGAGUGGACAGUCAGACAGGACCUUGUCACUGUGCUGGGAGCAGCACUGUAAGCUCCUACCCGGGGUUCAGGGCAUUCACGCCAGCCAGGUUUCAGCCUGGACUGUUGAAGAGGUCUUUGGGUUUGUCCAGAAUCUAACCGGUUGUGAAGAACAGGCUCGCCUCUUCAAAGAAGAGAUGAUUGAUGGUGAGGCCUUCCUUUUGCUGACCCAGACAGACAUUGUGAAGAUCAUGAGCAUCAAGCUCGGCCCAGCCCUCAAGAUCUCCAACGCCAUCCUGAUGUUUAAGAGCACUGAUGAGGGACUCAAGUGA